UCAAGUGUGUAAACAAAGAAGACGGGAAACUAAGGGGAAUAAUGGGAAAAUUAAGCAUUUUUAAACGUUCUAGACCACCAUAAACGUCUGUCUUCCCCAGGGCUUUCUCUAAUCUUAGUAACUGAAUAAACGCGUUUACGCGCUCCCAUUCUUUUCUGAUAAUGUCAUAGGUCACGGUGGAGCCGUAAAGCAGUUCGCGUCAGCAAAGUUUACGAUACGGCGCCAUUUUGGUAGUGAACAGCGGGAGAAGCCCCUAGCCUCACCGUGAGAGUGUUUGUCAUUCAUUCAUAGUUUACAUUCCUCUGGCGUUAAACACCGUGGUGGAGCUGGUGUCUUUCAUCGUGACUUUGCUGGUCUUACUUUAUUUGGAUGUUACUACAUGCGACAUUUGGAGUGAAAAAUGACACAGUUUCUACCCCCAAAUCUUUUGGCGCUUUUUACCCCGCGAGACCCGAUACCGUUCCUGCCACAGCUCCAGAAACUACCACAUGAGAAGCAGCACAACCAGCCAUACUGCGGCAUCGCUUCCUUCAUCAAGCACUUUGAGGAUCCCAGAGAUGCUCCUCCUCCCACCAGGGCAGAGACCAGGGAGGAGAGGCUGGAGAGGAAGAGGCGGGAGAAGAUGGAGAGGAGGCAGGGGGUCAUGGACGGUGAACUCAAGCUGUGGGACCCCCACAAUGACCCCAACGCCCAGGGAGAUGCCUUCAAGACGCUGUUUGUGGCACGGGUGAACCAUGACACCACGGAGUCCAAGCUGCGGCGGGAGUUCGAGGCCUACGGUCCAGUGAAGCGAGUNNACAUCGUUUAUAACAAGAAGACUGCGAAACCCCGUGGUUAUGCCUUCAUCGAGUAUGAGCACGAGCGCGACAUGCACUCCGCCUAUAAGCACGCCGACGGUAAGAAGAUAGAUGGGCGGAGGGUGCUGGUGGAUGUGGAGAGGGGGCGCACUGUGAAGGGGUGGCGGCCUCGCCGGCUUGGUGGUGGCCUAGGCGGCACGCGGCGGGGGGGGGCUGAUGUCAACAUCAAGCACUCUGGGCGAGACGAUGCCUCACGCUACGACGAGAGACCGUUGGGAGGCGACAGGACCGGUGAACGCCAUGCCGACCGCAGCCGGGAGGGUGACAGAGACCGUGGCGGGCGGCGGUCGCGCUCAAGAGAGCGGCGGCGGCGGAGUCGCUCCCGGGACCGAGAGAGGGCCGAGCGGGGCGCCCCGGUGGUGGGCACAGGCCCAGGACCCGCUGCGGAUGAGGGCGGGCCAGCUGGCAGGCGCAGGGAGAGGGGGGGCGCGGGGCACAGCUGGAACAGAGAGAGGAGGAGGAGCAGGAGCAGAGAGAGGAGGAGGGAGCGUGGCAAGGAUGCCGACGGCCCAGCAGACAGGGAGGCAGAGGAAGGCGGCAGCGGCCCCACGGAUGGGGACCGGGACCACAGUGAGCGCGACCGUGACCGUGACCGUGACCGCCGGCGAAGCCACAGAGACAGAGAGCGCGACAGGAGGAGGGGCGAGCGAGAACCCAAGAAGGAGCGGAGCGAGCGCGAGAGGAAGGCUGAGCGGCUGCUGCCCCAUCUGGGGCAGGACGGGGGCAGUAACGGGGACUCGGGCUAUGUGGCCCCCUCCAAGGAAGGAAGCCCAGGGGGUGGGAUGGAGCAGGAGGUGCAGCUGACUGGGGAGAGCCACGUCACCAAUGGUAGCGGCUACAGCGUGGAGGAUCAAACUUACUAAGGGGUGCCAGUCUGCCUGCUUGUCGGCUGCCUGCCUCUCUAAACCUGCAGUGUAUUUCCUCUUGGCCCCUUGCUGCCCCAUCUCAUGCACAGCCUGCCCAGUUACCUUCCUUAAAGGCCCAGUGACAUGCUGUCCAGCCACCUGCUGCUGCUGCUGCACAGCAGGGUUUCAUUGAUGCAGUGUUUUUUUUUUUCUUUCUUUUUUUUUAAUGGUUUGUUUUAAACGGUAAUGGUGGUGCAGAUGACUGUAACUUUGUUUGUGUUUUUUUUUUUUUUAAUAGUGCAAGGCACAGUGAGUGCCUUUUGAGCGCUAGUGCUGUGGUAUUGAGGGCCCGUUCCUCGCAGUGUUGCUUUUCUGUCCACCAGACGGCCUCUCACCUUCUCUUACUGCUUAUCUGCUUCAGGCACACCCCCUUGUGGCUGCAUGGGGCCAGAAUGUUCUGUGCUCCCCAACUACACGCUUUGCUGGACCUUGGUCCCCUCCUGAGAGUGAACGGCGAUGGUGGUUUUAUUGUUGCUACUCCCUUGGUCAUUUAUUUCUUAUGAUAUCUUCCCUUUUUAUAAUAAAUUUUCUUCCUUUGACUA